UCACCUCUUAAAUGUCGCAGGACAUUAAUCACAACCUCUCCUAAUAGAUAAGUCUUAACUAAAUAUCUGUGCGUUAAAUUAAAACGGCAUUAAACUGCCGUCACUGUGACGCGGAUGCAUUAGGAAGUAAACAUCACACAUGCUGCUGUUGACCUACACAGCAGAGAAAAGAAAAUCUGAUAUGGAGACACAGAUGAGGCAGCGUGUGUUCACCGGGGUGGUCACACAGAUGCAGGAGCAUCAUGGGAUUGUGGAUCAGGAGGUUCAUUUUCCAAUGAGUGUUGUAGUGGGCCGUGUGCCUCUGGUGGGUGAGAAAGUGUUGGUGAAAGCGGUCCAGGACCCCCUGAAGCCCAUCAGCUGGACGGCACAGAAAGUUCAGACGCUGAACGGACAGCCCUUCAAGUCUCCUCCUCCGCUGCUGCCCUCCAUGUCAUCCAAUCCGAAGCCUGGCAUUUUAGGGACCAAACCGCAACCUCUGCUGAAAUCUCCCAAAAUACCACCACUGAUUCCCAGCAUGCAGCCAAAUCCUGGUGGCAUGAUGCAGAUGUCCCAUCACCAGCAGAUGUCCUGGAGCGCUCCGUUUGACGGCUGGGGUGCAGGACUGAAGAGACACGCUGAGGUCAUGGGAGGACGUAGAGGUGGACGCUGGGAGGACGGUGGCGGAGGGCCGUGGGGAGGAGACGCCAUGCACCAAAAACGAAAAAGAUGGAGGGCCGCCUCAGAGGAGGAAGCGCCCAAAAAGAGCAGCUCCAUAUCCACACACAGCGCUCCGCUGUUCUCCUGUUUCUCCAGGGACACCCAGGCCUGUGAUUAUCUGGAGCUUCAGCGGCGGUACCCACACCUGCACCUGCCCUCCAACCUCUUCCACCUCCAGCUGUCCUGGGCCCAGAGUUUCCCGCUCGACCAGCCUCUUCCUCUGAGAGGACCGUGUCGCUUUCACGUGGGAUCAAACCAGCCGGAGAGUGAAGCAGAUGUUUGCGAGUCCACGGAUGAUACUUUCUCCGUAAGGGUUCUGCUGUUUUCUAUGCCGUGCCUUGAGGACUUGUACUCACAGUGUUGUAACCUCUCAAAAGGAGGCCGUGCAUCCCACUGCACUUCUCAAAAGCCUUUGUUUGUGAUGGUGGACAGUGGAGGAGAACUGCGGCUUCCAGGAGGUCACUGGUCACCCAAAGCAGACGGAGCAAAUCCAGCGAAGGACGGUUCGACGCUGGUCAACACUGCGGUCCGCUGCAUGAAGGAGCAGACUGCUCUGGACCUCUCAGCCUGCACACAGUGGCACAAGAUGGCAGAGCUGAGAUAUCUUUCUGGUGAUAAAAUGGAGACAGUUGUGGUGUUGUUGCCAGAUGUGUGGAAACUAGUGCCAGCAGAGGAAGAUAUGGGCACAGCUUAUCACAGAAACAGCUGGAUGGUGAUUUGUCACUUCCAGAAGGUCCGUCUGUGGUUUUUCACCCCUCCGCUGGACUCAAUCUGUCUGUCGUGUCUCUGUCCUCACUGCUGGAGCCCCAGACGCCUCAGACGCGGGACAGCUGUGAGGUUGAGUUUGAUGGCGGAGAUGUUCAGCGAGAUGCUUCAGAGGGAUUUUGGGCUUGAGCUGUAUCCAGUGUCUGGUGCCGUCUCCCGCAGGGCCCCGGCAUCAAAGAGGACAGCAGCGCUCUCAUGGUACACCAGACUGCACACCUGUGCUAUUUUAGAGGAUGAGCUCAAAAAAACAGACAAACAGACAGCAAAAAAGAAAGGACUGAUGGAUGCAAAGAAGAGAAAACUCAAAGAGAAGGAAGGGGAGAGAGAGACAGAAGAUGAGACUGAACCUCUGAAAGAGAGUAAGAGCGGUGGAGGAGACAAUCAGCCGUCCAAAGACAGCGAACGUCCUCUGGGCUGGACGGCUCAACUUCCCCGUAAAGUGCUUCUCUCCUGGGUGUUCUUUGACCGUCAGCUGACAGGAAGUGUUCGAGAGGCAGACCUGCUCAACAUCCUGCUGUCUCUCGGCCUGUUUCUCAGUCCUGCUCAGGCGCAGGAUCUGGUCAGAAAGGCUGCAGUCGGUGGGCUUUGUCUCUACAGAAAUCUGUGCAGUCGCUGGUCAGACGCUGAUCAGACAGACGGCAGCAUCAGUGCUGAGGGAAAUAAAGCCAUGUUGCCCGGCCAGGCAUGUAAAGAGAGAGCGUCCGCCCGUCGCACCGCUAACACAGAUCUGGUGAACUACAGAGGGAACGUCAUUAACUUACCAAACCUACUGCAGACACUGGAGAGCAGCAAAGAGGCCCAACGUGAACUAGAGAAGUGUGUCGCUACUCUGCAGGCCAGACUCGAGGCAGCAGAAGCGAGGCAGGCGUCUACUGAACAGGAGCAGGGCCAUCAGAAAGAGCUGAAGAGGAAACUGGAGAAAGCCGAGACGCUCAACAGAACAUACGAGAAGAGUUUGAGAGAAAACAGCGGUCAGAUGAUCUCGGUCAUCGAGAAGAUGCAGAGGAUGGUUGAACAGACAACAGCCCUCACAAAUGCAAAUGUGCAGGAAAGGAUGAGAGAAGGCGUUAAAGACGCGCACAAGCUCAUCGGAUGGUGA